AUGGGCAAAGGAAGAGCGCCAUGUUGUGACAAAACCAAAGUGAAGAGAGGACAAUGGAGCUACGACGAAGACCUGAAACUCAUCUCUUUCAUUAACAAGUAUGGUCAUGAGAAUUGGAGAUCUCUCCCAGAACAAGCUGGAUUGUUGAGGUGUGGCAAGAGUUGUCGUCUUCGAUGGAUUAACUACCUCAGGCCUGAUGUGAAACGUGGCAAUUUUAGCGUAGAGGAAGAAGAAACCAUCAUUAAACUUCACCAGAGCAUUGGAAGCAAGUGGUCGAAGAUUGCUUCUAAACUGCCAGGACGAACAGACAACGAGAUAAAGAAUGUGUGGCAUACCCAUCUCAAGAAAAGAUUGAGCUCGAACACCAACCUUAAUGCCGAUCGUGAUGAAGCGGCAACAAAAGGUUAUUUGAAUAGAGAAGAGACAUCUCAAGAGUCAUCCCCUAAUGCGUCUAUGUCUUUUGGUGGCUCCAAGAUUUCUAGCAAAGAAGACGGUGUACAGAUAGGUCAAACGUUUCAGUAUUUAGAAGGUCAUAGCGAAGUUACGAGGACGUUACAAGAGGUAGACAAACCAGAGCUGCUGGAGAUACCUUUUGGUGUAGAUCCUGAAAUAUGGAGUUUCAUUAAUGGUUUAGAUUCAUUCCAACAACCUGAGAACAGUUUGGCUCCAUGGGCUCAUCAAGACUCCCAAGAAGAUGAAGUUGAGAAAUGGUUCAAGCACCUGGAAACCGAUCUCGGGUUAGAAGAAAACGAUAGCUAA